AUGUUUUAUUUACAAAUACCUGAUAUAAAUGUACCCAUAUUCGAUGUGGAGGAUUCAGCUUUAUCUCGUUUGGAACAUUUUUCUACUUACGCUAAAUUAAGUGACAAACCAAAAUACUCUUUGUAUCUGAGAAACUCUACACUUCUAGACUACACUGGAUUUCUGUGCCUUAGAACAUAUGCAAGUUUAACUGAUGACCACUCAUUAAAGGAGACAGUCAUAGAAGGAGAAUGUCGUUUAAUAUCAGAACGAUUAAAUUUAUUGAAACCUAAUUUUUUAAGAAAAUACUUAAUAAAAAUAAUAGACGAAAUUGGACUUUUUAGUGUUACUGAUGAUAAUAUUGAUGUAUUACUAAAAGUCUGUUCAGAAUACAAGGAUAAGCAACAUGUGCCAUGUAAUGAAAAUUGUAGUAUACAAUCUAUUGAAGUUCCUUGGCAAAAAUGUCUUACAUUAAUUUCCAAUAGAAAAGUACACCUUACUCAAGGCAUUGCUAUUGUACUCUGUAAUCAAUGGAACAGUUUACUAGUAGAUUUAUUUCGUUUAAUUUAUAUCAAAUCAUUACAUAUAAUCCGUCGUUCUAUGUCUGCUUUAGAUAAUAAUAACUUACAAUUUGAAUAUCUUAAUGAGAAAUUAAAUAGGUAUUAUAAUUCUAAAAUAGCCUUUUGGAAAAAUAUUGAUGAACAGAUAUCUUUAGAAGAACUCAAUUCAAACAAAAUAUUAUUGCCUCCUUGCAUGUUGUUGUCAUUAAAUUCAUUAUUCACAAACCAUCGCCUUGCACAUGAUCCACGUUAUCGAUUGACAUUAUUUUUAAAAGAUAUAGGAGUAUCUUUAGAUCAAACUUUAAAAAUAUUUCAACAGGAAUAUUCCAAGUGUGGAAAUCUAAAAAGUACAUGUACACAUUCAUGGGAUGAACAUAACAAGCAAAUAGAAUACAAUGUCCGUCAUACUUACGGUAUGGUAGGAUCAAAAAAAAAUUACCAAAUGACAUCUUGUGUUUUAAUGCAGAAACAAAAUAUUCAAGUUUCUGAUGAAGGAUGCUGUCCAUUUGUACACUGUAGUGAAGUUAAACUUAAAAGUAUCCUAGAAGAAUUUACAUCCAUUAAUGAUGAAGAAAUGAAUACUUUAAAUGAUUUAAAAAAUAGUGAUCAACCUAUCCAAGCAUGUCAUUGGUAUGCACAAAAGUUGUUUCCCAUGUCAGAACCUUUAUAUCAUAAUACACCAACACAGUAUUUUUUCAAUUCGAAAAAAGCUAAAUAUGUUCCUAUAAUAGAUUAAUAAGAUAGGUAGAUAUUACUAGAUAAUGUAAUAUUAUAAAUAUACAGUAAACGAAAUGUUAGUUUAUUAAUUCCAUUAUAGUAAUUAAUA